AUGCGAUGCGCGAGCAAGGCCGCCGAGAGCGCGUCCGCACGUCUCUGUGCGGACGCCGAAGCAGAAACCACAGCAACUGAUGUCUCAUCGGCUGCUGAAGCGACUCAGCCUGUGUCACUUGGUGAUGCAGGCGCUGGUCAUGAAGACACUCAUGUCUUCACAGAGUAUGAGCUCGGUGUCUCAUACUCUCCUGAUAUAGAAGACGGAUCCGUAUCGACGGCGAUCGAAUCCAAGCCGCCUGCCAAGCGUGGCAUGGACGAUGCUUUGCGUCGCAGCAUCUUUGGUUCAUCUGACUCAUCAGAUGAACCAUCGCCGAAGCGAAGGCGCUCGAGGUCGCGAGACUCGGGCGCUAACAGUGGUGUCGGUUCUCCAAUGGACACCACUUCGCAACGAGGUGCCAGUCCUUCUGUCGGCACAUCGCAGGAAGAGCGGGAUCGCAAUGUCUUGCGUCUCGCUCCUGAGAAGAAGGCAUGGAUGCCUCCCAAAUCUGUCAUGGAUCACUUGUCGGCGACGACGAGUGAUCGUUAUCGAACACGGUUGUUCGAUUCGUCAAGGAUCCAUCACCUUGACCCCAGCGCGAAAAACUAUCGCGCUGAAAACGAAUUCUUCAUCGAUGCUUUCCUUAGACAUCGAUGGUACAGUGGGAAUCACAAACGUUAUGGUCCCUCACUGCUUCAAGCGUGGAACGCUUACAUCCAUAACCUUGAGGAUGUAGGUCGUGACGCUUGGAACGACAAACUUAUCAAAGCUCGUGAUAAGUUUAAAAAGCGAACCCAGACAGGUGCACGCUACAAGCUGCAUCGUCUGUCAAGGGAGAAAGGAUUACCCUGCCUCUCAUGGGGAGACUCGUGCCCAUGUCGUGUGAACAACUCUGCACGAGCACCUAAGGAGGCUUACCUCCCUAAUAGCCCGUAG